CUUGUUUACAGGCUCAGCGAUUGAUCCGACUCCACGCCGACAGGGCCGCGAGCGAGGUCAACUCCUCGGCCAGCGUGCCUAUAUAUUCGUUCUCGGCCUGUCCGUACUCCUCCAUCCCAUCCCAAGUCCCAGCGCAGCCCAAGCAGCGGCAUCAGGUUCCUCGCCUCCGUCUCCGACCACCGCGUACACGAGUCGACCAUCAGGAGCAGCGAUGGCUCGGCGACAAGGCGCCGUGGUGGUCUCGUUGCUAGCGGCGGUGCUUCUCGGCGCCUGCCUGCCGGCGCCGGCCGCCGCCGGGGUGCACCUCUCCACGCUGCCCAUGGCGUUCGCCGUCACCGCCUCCACCAAACCCGGCCAAGUUCUGCACUCCGGCGUGGACAAGCUCACGGUGACGUGGUCCCUGAACACGACCGAGCCCGCCGGCGCCGACGACGCCUACAAGAGCGUCACGGUGAAGCUGUGCUACGCGCUGGUGAGCCAGAAGGACCGCGGGUGGCGCAAGUCCAACGACGACCUCAAGAAGGACAAGGCGUGCCAGUUCAAGGUCACCCAGCAGGCCUACGCCGCCGGCGCCCGCGGCAGCUUCGAGUACACCGUCGCCCGCGACGUCCCCACGGCCUCCUACUACGUGCGCGCCUACGCGCUCGACGCGUCCGGCACGCAGGUGGCCUACGGCCAGACCGGCCCCGCCGCCGCCUUCGACGUCGUCGGCAUCACGGGCAUCCACGCCUCCAUCAAGGUCGCCGCCGGCGUGUUCUCGGCCUUCUCCGUCGCCGCGCUCGCCUUCUUCUUCGUGGUCGAGAACCGCAAGAAGAACAAGUAGGGGGCGGCCGUGCGCAGCGCCAUGUCGUCGUCGCCGGCGUGCUGAGUUCUGAAUUUCCGGCCGGUCUUAGGCUAGAUUCCUCUGUGUCUCGGAGACGUGCUGGUGGCCGGUGCUUAAAAAUAAGGGAAAAUUCGAUUCAUGCCACCACAACUCUGUGAAAUUGGGUGUCAUGUUGAAAAUCAUGCCACUCAAUGGCAUGAUUUUCAACAUGAGAUCCAAUUUCAAAAAAUUGGAGUGGCAUGGAUCCAACUGACCCUAAAAAUAAAUGCAGGUGUGUGUCGUCAGCGCUGCAUCCAUGGAUGGAUGGAUUUACACAGCGCGGCGCAAUUACUUUGGUGCACGUUUUGUUUUUCGUCGUGUGCGUGAAGAUAUAAAGUAACUUGAUUACGAACUUACGAUAA